AUGGGAUCAAUUAAAUUUGGACUGCCGAUUUUACACUGGGAUGUUCCCGUGGUUAUAUUACGUAUUCACCUGACAUUAGCAUCACUGAAAGUAGCAGUAGAGACCAGCAGGGCGGAGGUGGUGUGCUCCCUGGGGCAGUUCCCCUGUGGGAACCUCAGUGUGUGUCUGCCCCAGGCGCUGCACUGCAACGGCCACCAGGACUGCCCCAACGGAGCUGAUGAGGAGAACUGUGGGGACAACAGCGGCUGGGCCGACUUCUUUGACCGGACCAUCAUCAGCAAGGACCAGCAAGAGCUCCCUCAGACAUGCUACCUGCAGGAGUACCCAGAACUGUGCGAGUGUGUGGAGACCGAACUGCAGUGUGUGCAGGUCAACCUGAACGCCGUUCCCCAGGUGUCCGCCAACGUCACCCUCCUGUCUCUGAGGAGCAACGCCAUUCAGAAGCUUCCGGAAGACGCCUUCGGAAAGUACCCCGACCUGCUACGACUGUUCCUGCAGAACAACAGCAUUGAGUCUGUUUCCUCCCGUGCGUUCAGCGGGCUGUACAAACUCAGGAAGCUGUCUCUCAGUCAGAAUCGCAUCACGACGUUAAGACCUGGGGUGUUCAGUGACCUUUACAAAUUACACUGGCUGAUCCUGGAUGAUAACCCCCUGAAGAAAACCUCCCAGGACACAUUCAUUGGACUGAGUGCCUUGUUCUUCCUGUCCAUGGUGAACACCUCCCUGGAGCAGCUGCCAAGGGCCAAACUGUGCUACUACAUGCCCUCGCUCAGCUGGCUGGAUUUUGAGGGGAACCGGCUGCAGACGCUGAACUUCAGCACCCUCCUGAGCUGUGAGGAGUUGACCGUUCUGUCUCUGCGCGACAACAGAAUGAGGAAGCUUCCGGCAAACACUUUCCAGUCACUGCACUUGCUGGGGGAACUCGACUUGUCGAACAACAGGAUCACAGAUCUCCCACACAGCAUUUUCAAUGGGCUGAAAUCUCUGCAGAUUCUAAACAUAUCCCACAACCCCUUGCACCACGUCCGCCCCAGUCAGUUCGACCCCCUGGUCCAGCUCCAGUCACUUGGGCUGGAGGGGAUCGAUAUCCCAGACAUCCAGACUCGGAUGUUUCGUCCAAUGGCGAAUCUCUCCUACAUAUACUUUAAGAAGUUCCAGUACUGCUCGUACGCGCCGCACGUGCGGAGGUGCCGGCCCAACUCGGACGGGAUCUCGUCCUUCGAGGACCUGCUGGCCAACAUGGUCCUGCGCGUGUCGGUGUGGGUGAUGGCCGUCAUCACCUGCUUCGGCAACCUCUUCGUCAUCGGCAUGCGCUCGCUGAUCAGGGCCGAGAACAACCUCCACGCCAUCUGCAUCAAGGUCCUCUGCUGCGCAGACUGCCUCAUGGGCGUGUACCUGUUCUUCGUGGCGGUGUUCGACCUGAAGUUCCGGGGCGAGUACAACCGGAACGCGCAGGCGUGGAUGGACAGCGCGGAGUGCCGCACCAUGGGCUUCCUGGCCAUGCUGUCGUCGGAGGUGUCGGUGCUGCUGCUCACCUACCUGACGCUGGAGAAGUACCUGGCGAUCGUGUUCCCCUUCAGCCCCCUGCGGCCGGGCAAGCGGCAGACGGCCGCCGCGCUGGCGCUCAUCUGGCUGCUGGGGGCGCUCAUCGCCGCCGUGCCGCUGCUCGGCCGCGACCUGUUCGGCAACUACUACGGCCGCAACGGCGUCUGCUUCCCCCUGCACUCCGACCGGCAGGAGCGGCCCACCGCCAAGGUCUACUCCACCGGGAUAUUCCUCGGGCUCAACCUGGUGGCGUUCCUGGUGAUCGUGUUCGCGUACUCCAGCAUGUUCCACUCCAUCUACAAGACGGGGGUGAACGCCUCGGACCUGCGCAGCCGGCUGCACAAGGACGUGGCCGUGGCCAACCGCUUCUUCUUCAUCGUGUUCUCCGACGCCCUCUGCUGGCUGCCCAUCUUCCUGGUGAAGACGCUGUCUCUGCUGGAGGUGGAGAUACCGGGCACCAUCACGUCCUGGGUGGUGAUCUUCGUGCUGCCCAUAAACAGCGCCCUGAACCCCAUCCUCUACACGCUGACCACCAGCUUCUUCCGCGAGCAGGUGGAGCUGCUGCUCUGCCGCUGGCAGAGGCACUCGGCCCGGCGCAAGGAGCGCAAGAGCCUGACCAGCUCCGCCCUCUACACGGAGGCCCCACGCCAGGCCUGCUGCCCCCACAAGCCCUGCCUGCCCACCAUGGGCCUCGUCCACACGGACGCCAAGUACGGAUGA